GUCUUUUGUCAUAGUCAUAGACUUUUAGUUUUACUCAUUAAAAAAGGUUAAGCACUAUUUUGUUUCAUAAUUAGAAUUGCCUCACCCUUCUUAAUCUUAGUCUUAGUUAGAACAGGAUAGAUCAUACAAUCAUACAGUACAGUAUCUGAGUAUAGUAUAUUAGGCUUAGCGGCAUAGUAUAGGCUAUUCAUUCGCAGAUAUUGAUUUCGGUUUCAGUAUAUAGUAUAGUGAGUGGUUAUAAACGUGUUAAAAUGUUAAUGGCUACUGGGUGAUGAUGAUGUAUAAUGAUGAACAAUUAAUUUUAAAAGGCCUAGGCCUAAAUUUGCUAUUUAGGCUAUUUGAAAUAAAUUAGUCACAAAAUAAUCUCUUCCAUGCCAAGACUACAAGGAAAUAGUGAACUACAACCUAAAUAACAAUUAUGAUUAUUUAAAAAUAAUAAUAGUAUUAGUAUUAUAUAUUCAUAUCUAAGAUCAGAUAUUAUGGAUAUCUUGCUUAGUUUAGCCUUAGCCAACUAAAAGAGUUAAUACAUAAAUAUUAAAUAUGAUUAAAUGAUUAUGAAUGACUAAUAAAUAAUAUAGGACCUAUAAUUUAUAAUUAUAAUAGACUUGGACUUCAUAUUAAUAUUAUAAAAUAUUUAAUUUAGUAUUUAUGAGUAGCUAAUAAUAAUAAUAAUUAAUUACUUGUUGUCAUGUUGACUUAAAAUGAUGUCAAAAAGCAGUAACUCUGAUUAAAUUAAGUUGGCCUUAGAGGGCAACAUAAGUUAAGCUUAAUAAUUUAGUGCUACUUUGUAAAGUUUGUUACUACUUAGUAGCAGGGACAUAAUUUGGGUAGGGCAGGGUGGGGAAUUUGAAUUUGCAGGUUUGAUUUAAAUUGCUAUACUGUGGCGCCUCCAGUAAUAAACAACUUAACAAGCCGCCAAGUUUUGGUUUAGCGGCACCCCCCCCCCCUCAAAAAAACCCCUGAAAUGACGCCCCUGCAUAGUAGGGGGGUGAAAACAGAAUAAUUGAGAAUAGCCCUUUUUAUUUAUUGUUAAGUCUUAGAUCUUAAGUAAAGAGUAGCUUUGCUUAAGUCACUUUAAAAAUAGACUUAAAACUUUAUCUAAUGUCUAAGUCGAGGCUACUUUAAUGUCUUUAGUCUUUAACUUAAUUAAUUUAAGUAACACAGUAAUUUGGGCAUGUUCCCUUAGAUUUAAUUGAUACAAUUAUGUUUUGGAAUAGUUUUCUGAAAUUGACAGUGUUACCCAUUUAACAAUGACAUAAUUUCAGUUUGUAGCCUAAAUUUUGCAAUGUGACCAUCCAUAAAUGAUAUCAUUAUGAAUUGACAUAUUUUUUACACCUCCACCCUUAUGUUUAAAAAACUUAUAAAAUUUAGACACCUCAUCAAACGUCAUUACCAUUAUGUGACCCACCUGUCCUAGGGGUGUGUUAUUAUUUAUGUAUGGUCAUAUGCCCAUAGGCUAAUAUUUGUUUUCUUUAACAAAAAAAUAUUUAUAUUUUCCCAGGUCCAGAAACUAUGUAAUGGAAUUAAAAAUAAAGACUGAGGAGUGACUCAGUACCACAGACUCCGAAAACCAUUCAAAAGUAAUUUUCUUUUAAAUGCUUUGAUUUGUAAAGAAUUUUAAACUGCCUACAGUUUACAUACAUGUGUUGAUGGGAUCAAACCAGAACAAUAUCUUUUUUAUAAAUAAAUGAAGUAGUUAGUAACAAUUAAAUAUUUAAUGUAAUAAUAAUUUACAGCAUCCCUAAAUAAAGAUCAAGCUGCAGGAUGCUAGGUAAAACAAAUUUGUUUCCAUAUACCUGGUACACAAAUAUGACCUAUGUCGAAAGGCUUAGCUUACAGCCUAUCAAGGGCAAAAGAAAGAGAAAAAAAAUGUCUCUUUUGGCCAAGAUCAGUUUUCUCCAAAUGUCCUUUUUUUAUUCUUGUGGAGCUAAAUUUAUUUUAAAAUAAUAUUUUUGCACAUUUCUUUAUGUGUCACAGUUGUUAAAUACAAACCCGGACUAUUUUUAAAAAUGUCUAAUCCAAAAAUGAAAAAGCAAGUAAUAAUGAAUAAGAAAUCCAAAUUUUAAAAAACUUUUUCUGUGCAUUGCGUAAUUUUAAACUGCCUCUCUUGUCACAAAUGAUUUAUAAAUGACUAACAGCAGUAAUUUUGUCAUUUCAAUUUUUUGAUAAUUUCAAAUCCCCUAAAAACAUUUCCUUUUCAUGAAAAUAAUAAACUUUUUUAAUGUUAUUUCCAGAUCAUUUUCAAGGCAAUAACUGUAAGAAGAAAAAAGAACUCAACAUCAUCAGUAUCAUGGAGGGUGCAUCAUCCUGGCUCCAACAGUAUUACCAUGCAAUGUCCUGUGGCAUGGAAAGGCUCUUCACAACUGGGGCUCACUCAGACACAACAAUUAUUGUCGGAGAAAAAACCUUUCAAUGUCACAGGGUCAUACUCUGUGCCAUCUCCCCAUAUUUCGACGCCAUGUUUUCAUCUGGCAUGAAAGAAAGUGUGUCAGGCAUCGUGAAAAUAGAAGGGACGGACAGUGUUAUUUUUGAAUCUAUUUUGGAUUACAUUUAUAAAGGCUCUGAUGCUGUUAACGAAGGGAACGCUGAAGCAAUUCUAAAAGCAGCUUGCCUCCUGCAGAUGGAAUGUCUGCAGAAAAGAUGUGAGGAGUUCAUCUGUAAAACCCUAACUAUCAACAACUGUUUUGAGCGGUGGCGUCUGGCAAUAUGGCACUGCAGCCAGCAUUUAAAGCAACAAGCCUGGAGGUUCAUCAUGAGCAACUUUGUUAAAAUCUCUCAGCAAGAAUAUUUCCUGGCUCUUGAAAAAGAUGAACUUAUUUCUAUUGUAAAGGAAGAUGACCUCAACUGCCCUAAUGAAGAAUUUGUCAUCGAGACAGUUCUGAAGUGGGUGCAGCAUGAUCUUGAGGUCAGGGGUCAACUCUUGGGUGAUAUUUUUCCAUACCUGCGGCUUCCAUUGACCAAACCACAGUUUCUCAUUGAUAUAUUGAGAAAAUAUUCUUUUGUUAAGGAACACACAGAAUGUCACAUGUACAUCGAUCAUGCAAAGAACUUCCAGCUGUUACCUGCACAUCGGCAUGACAGCAGCAGUCCAGUGACAUCGUAUCGAACAACAUCCUCCUUUGAAGAUGUGUUGGUUGUCAUCUCUGGUGGGGAAUCUCCACGACCCCCUUACAUCAGGUCAAAGAAUGUCUUGGCAUUUGGCUUCAACAGCCGCAAGUGGUUCCGCCUUGCUCCUCUGCCGUAUGAUCCAGGAAUUGAAUUUGCCACAUGUGUUCAUAACAAUGAUAUAUUUGUGACAGGAGGAGGGUUGUACAAAUCUUGUUUUUUACGGUACCGCUCUAAGAAGGACAAGUGGUCUCAGUGUCGUGCCAAGUUAAAGAACGGUCGUAGGAGACAUGCCAUGGCAGCUUGUGGUAACAAGAUUUAUGUGAUAGGGGGCUACAACAGUGAACUCGAUCAAGGCACAAAGGUGCUGAGCUCCAUAGAGGAGUUUGAGUUGGGCUGCAGUGAGUGGGUGGAGGUGGCCAACCUGGUGGUUCCAGUCAGCUCUAUAUCUGCCACGGCAACCAAGGACAAGGUGCUAGUCUUUGGUGGAGAAACCAAUGACCGCACUGACACAGCAUCCAUCCAGUGUUUCGACACACAGACUCACACAACAAGCAUCAUCGCACAGCUUCCUUUAGCCUGUAAGCUCACCAGGGCUACGGUCUGCAACAAUUGUAGCUAUAUCAUUCUUUACAAUGGCAAGAUUGUCCAGUUUGAUCAUCGCACUGACAGUGUCAAGGUCAUGGGACAUAUACAAAACUUUGAUUGUGUUCACUAUGGACUUGUACAUCGGAGGGGCUGUUUGCUGUUGCUGGGUGGUCAGAGGAUCAUUCCAGGACCCAACCCUGUAAGGGCCUUAGUGGAUACAAUGCUGCUUUACGAUGUAAGAAAUCAGAGGGUAAUCAUGCUGAAUGAUCGGAUUCCAACCCCAAGACUGGUCGACAGCUGUGCCAAGAUAACGAUAGAAAAGAAGUUUUUGGUAACUGAGUUCACAGAUUCAUCCCAGGCAUAACUUUCAAGUAAAGGGCUUUUGUUGUUUUUCUUAACCAUGAUACUAUAUGUUGGAGAGAUUUUUUUGUUGUUGGUGUAUUGCAUCCUUAGAAAACUAUUUGCCCAGGGAAUAAUAUUUUAUAAGAUAGGGUCUUGUUUCUUGAAAUUCAAACAAGACUGUUCUGAACUCUUGAUUUGCAAAAAAUUGGCAGAAGAUCAAACAUCUUUGACAUGUAUUUAUUCAUUGUGUCAAAGAAUUAACUGGCGAGGCGUAGAAGUAUAUCUACUAACAAAUAAAAACAGGAUAAUUUCUUGAGAUUUACCAUUUCAAGGGUGUUACAUUAUUUUGGGCUUAUGCAAACCAACGAUUCAUAGUUUAGUUAAAUGGUACUGAACUGUUAUCCUUAUUAAAAAAAACAUCAUUUCAUAGGUAUAGUUCACCACAGAUUCAAUAGAAAACUAUAUUUUGUAUACCGGUAAUUGUAAAUAAUAUGCAUGCAUAGUUAAACUAUAAGCUUUAAUAUGUAUAUAAAGUUAAAUUAACAACUUUAACAAAUAAUUAAUAUUUAAAUUUAAAUCCUCUAAUUUUUAAAAAAUACUUCAAAUUAAUUUAAAUGAUCUAAAACUUGUUAGUGCGCGCCUUAGUUUUGUAGUGCGAUAGGUGCUUGUUACUAAAUGCUACUGCAACAACAUGCUCUAGUUUUGUUGUGUGAUAGGAGCUUGAUGCCUUAAUCAAUCAAUUAUUACACUAGAUCUUUUUGCAGGUGUUACAUUUCCAGACUCAUGAUUGUCCUAACACAUUUAUGCUGUAUAACAAUCUGCCUGUAACCUAGAAAUCUAAUUCUAACAUUAUGCUAACGUGAUGAUUUUAUUGGUCAGUCUAGGCAGUUUUUACUUAAUUAAACUGGCUCCACAUGACUGUGUUAAUCACUGAAGAACACCGAAUUUGGUCACAUAAAAUGUGAUACAAAAUAAAAUAUGAUGUGCUUUCUAUCACUAUCUUAUUAAAAUAACAAAGCAGGCCUGCACAACAUACUGCCCCGCAAAGUAAUGAAAUAUUCUUUAUCCUUAUUAUUUUCUUAAUAGCUUUUCCCCCUGUACUAUUUUCUUUUGGCCCGCACAAGCCCUGUCCUAUUUUUUUUUGGGCCCCCAUUUUUUCAUAAAGUAUUACUGCCCAACCUACAUUUUGAGUUGUGCAGGCCUGGUUAAAGGUAUUGUAGAUUUUAAAUGCAUUUCAAGAUUAACCUGAGCUAGUAGUUUAAAGAUUUUUUUUUUCUAUUUCAUUAAUGUGAGUUAUCUGCUUAUAAAUACUUUUGUAGCAUUAUUAUCCUUUUUAACUGGACAUUUUCAUUUGAUAUGAAAAUGCAUGAAGAUUCCUCUAAUCAAGGAUCUCAAACAAAACACAGAAGACCAUAACUACUUGACCUACUCAAUAAUAGGAAAGGGGUUUCGCUUGGCCUAGCAUGCCAGAAGCAUUUUAGUGUUUUUAAAAAAAAAGAUAUGCAACUUGUAAAAUUUACAAAAAAAUUAAUUUUAAAAUCGUUAAUAUAAUUUGACUUGUCUUCUUAUGUUUCAAAUUUAAAAAAAAACAAAAGUUUUUGCACAAUUUGGGUCUCAUUUUUCUGCUUAACUGGCAAUAUUUUUUAACAUUAAUUCCUUAAUGGCUUAAUAGGAGAUUUUCUGUACUUGAAUUUAGUCCCAAAGUACUCUUAUUUCCAAGACUGUGCCCCUGAUUAUUUAUUCCACCCUCUUGUUUGAGAUUCAAUGUCCAUUUUUCAUGUUUAAGAUACAAUGUCAAUUGAACUCCAUGCUUGAGAUUCACUAAAGACUGAAUAAUGUUAAUCCAUGAGUAUCUGGUAUCAUUGCUUCCAUUAUAGUGUAAGAAGAUGUGUCUGUAUUGUUAUUGUUUACAUGUCAUUUAAUAGAGCUCACCAGCGUGCACAAACAAUCACAGAAAAAUAAUAACAAAAUGUACAUAAACCAAAUGUUGUUGAGCUGUUCCACAUUAUUGUAUUAUUAUUGGUAGAUGUUUAUCCUUACAUGGAAAAGACUGAGUGAAUCUGUGCAUUGUAAAAUAUUUUUGUGAUACUUUGCACAUUGUAGUUAUUGAACCUGUGCACAUAAUUUAGAGCAGGGUUUCCCAAUCUGUGUUGUUUGCACCCCCCAGGUGUGCUAUAUUGCAAUUUAGGGGGUGCGAGGAAAAUGGAUUUUUAAACAGAAUAGAAUUGACUUUUGAGUUAUGAUAUGAAUUUGUAUAUAUUUUGAAAUUUCUUCAUUACUUUUGAAAUAGCUCACCGGUUUAUUUCUUAAGUUCUACAAUUCUAUUUUAUGUCCCUAUAAAAAUUAUAAGCAUAUUUUCCUUUCCAAUUUUGAAAUGCAUUUUAACUCUUGCAGACGUGGUCAAACAAUUCGUAGAGAGUGCAUGACCAUAGAAUAGGUUGGGAAACCCUGAUUAAGAGGCUGUUCUAAUUUUCCAUGACUGGCCCAUUUGCCUGCAGGAAACAAAGAAAAAAAUGAAUACAGUUAACAAUAGGAGACCGGAGCCAUGACUUCAUUUCUUAAAUUGAAUUUUGACUGCCAUAAUUUGAACAUGUUUUUUAAAUGAUACUUAUUUAAAUUGUACUGCCGCAAUUAUGCAGUUAAUUAAUACAUAUAGUUCGUGUUCAGUGUGUUAUCAAAGCAUUAACAAAACUAAAUGUACUGUGAUAGGAGCUUAAUUAUAACAGAAUCUAUUUAUUCUGUUUAAUUGAUACUAAUAUUUAAUUGCCACAUUGCUUGAUAGAACUCUAUUUUUAUAAAUUGUAGACUUUGUUAUUAGUUCCUUUUUUUUUUUUAGCUUUUUCUCCUCAGCAAGUGUAGGCAGUUAAAGAGCCAAUGCAAUAUU